AUGCGCGUGUGGUGCGCGCUCGUACUGCUAAUUAGUGCGGUGAACGCGCAGUUUGGCUUUUUCGGUGGCGAAACACACCAGCCAUCUUCACAGAUCGCUGCUCUCGGUGAUCAGUUUGGGAAUCAAGGGACAGUCCCCGUUUACCACGACAACGAUUCCUACAACAACCACUACAACAACGACAACGACUACGACUACAACAACCACUGUUCCAACAACUACUACUACAGUACCCUCAACUACUACGACUACUCCUCCUCCUUCUACAACAACUACGGAAGAGCCCACUACGGCUACUACUAUGGAGGAGUCCACGACAACCACUGGAAAAAGGACAAGAAAACAGAAUAA